GUACCUCUGCACUAGCCAGGUUGGACAUAUGCAGAGAAAGGCACCAGUAUAUCUGGAUCAUCAGUGGUACAAUGUGUUAUAGAGGUGGACGAGCUUGCAGACUGAAAUGGGGAUCGUCCAGAUUGUUCCCUUCCCUGGACCAUAUGGUUGUGCUUUAAGAAGACCACAGGGAAGAACACAUUUUCUUCUUGCCACAAAAGUUGCAAUAGAAAAUCUGAGUCGGGUUGAAGGGCCAAUGAGUAUUCUCCUCAUUGAAGCAUUCUAUGGAGGGUCCCAUAAACAGCUGGUGGACCUGCUCCAAGAAGAAUUGGAAGACUGUGUCCUUUACACUCUUCCUGCAAAGAAGUGGCAUUGGAGAGCGCGGACAUCGGCUUUGUACUUCUCUCAGCACAUUCCCGUCAGUGAGCAUUACAGGACCCUCUUUGCAAGCUCAGUGCUUAACCUGACUGAACUGGCUGCCCUUCGCCCUGACCUUGGGAAGCUGAAAAAGAUUCUCUACUUCCACGAGAACCAAUUGGUAUAUCCUGUCAAGAAAUGUCAGGAGAGGGAUUUCCAGUAUGGAUACAACCAAAUUCUCUCAUGCCUGGUGGCUGAUGUGGUGGUAUUCAACUCUCUUUUUAAUAUGGAGUCAUUUCUCACUUCUAUUGGGAAAUUUAUGAAGCUGAUUCCUGACCACAGACCCAAGGAUCUGGAAAGCAUCAUCAGACCCAAGUGCCAAGUUAUUUACUAUCCCAUCAGGUUUCCUGAUGUGAGCAGAUUCGUGCCCAAGCAUAAAGCAGCCCAUUUACAGAAGAUGCUCAACCUUAAAGGAAACGGCGGUGCCGCUCCAUCCACGGCCCUUCCUUCCAGGCAGGAGCAGGGAAGUUGCGAGAAUGUGUUGGAUCAUGUUGAGCCAGAGUCUGGACCUUGUGAUGUGGCACAACAAGAGAGCCUGGGGAGCUCAUUGACGCAGGAGCCAUACUUGAAAACGUGUGACUCAUCAGAUAAUUCCAGCUCUCAUCAUGGGGAAAAUCAACAAAAUCCGUACGACAUUUUGAGUGGGGUUGAUGAUCAACAAAGACCAUUGCACAUUGUCUGGCCUCACAGGUGGGAGCAUGAUAAAGAUCCCGAGAGUUUUUUUAAGGUAUUAAUGCACCUUAAGGACUUAGGACUCAAUUUCCACGUAUCCGUCCUUGGAGAAACCUUCACAGAUGUUCCAGAUAUCUUUUCAGAGUCCAAAAAGGCGUUGGGAUCUUCUGUCUUGCAAUGGGGCUACUUACCCAGCAAGGAUGACUAUUUCCACGUACUGUGCACGGCUGAUGUUGUCAUCUCAACAGCUAAGCAUGAAUUCUUUGGAGUGGCAAUGUUGGAAGCUGUGUGUUGUGGUUGUUACCCACUUUGUCCCAAAGAUUUGGUUUAUCCCGAAAUAUUUCCAGCUGAAUAUCUGUAUUCUACACCUGAACAGCUUUCAAAAAGGCUCCAGAAUUUCUGCAGGAGACCUGAUAUUGUAAGGAAACAUCUCUAUAAGGGUGAGAUGACUCCUUUCUCCUGGGCAGCCCUGCGUGGCAAGUUCAGGUCCCUGCUCGCCACGGAACCAGGGGAAGGUUUGCGACAGAUGGGGCUCCCUCACAAACCCGCAGCCUAAGGCAGAGCCUGUAGAACUUUCCAGAGUGUGCCCAUAUUUACCUGAUCAGAGAGAAAAGAAAAUCUGCAGAGGAAGCCGAGCCUGGCUGCUUGUCAUAGCUGACACAGAGCCAUCUGCCACAAACCUGUGGCGGCUUCAGAUCUCCAAUCCCUGCCACCACCCCGACUCAAAUUAAACACAGAUUCCUAGAGACGUUAUGAUGGUUACACAUGUCCUCGGCAUCACAUGGAGGAGACUGUUCAAAAAAAAAUAUGUGGCCUGUUGUAUAACCGCGCUCAUGUAUCCCAUAUGUGGUGCCACAUUGAAUUUCCGGUUGAAUCCGUUUUUAUCCUUU